AUGUCGCCCGCAUCGAAACCAUGGGCGCUAAUCGUCGGGGUGGGGCCAUCAGGCCUACUUCUCGGCCUCAUGCUCGCGAAGAAGGGAAUCCCCGUCCAUCUCAUCGACAUGUCUGUCAAGCUUGACGAGCAGCCGCGCGCGACACACUACGGAUCCCCCGCGAUGUACGAGCUGCGGCGGGCUGGUGUUGUCGAGGAUCUGCGUGCCCAAGGUUUCCUCCCGGACGGCGUGUGCUGGAGGAAGCUGGACGGCACGUAUCUCGCUGGCAUGAAGAUGGGUGUAGAGGAAGACCCAGAUCGGAUGGUGUGUCUGCCGCUGAAUCGGCUGGGGAAGAUCCUCAUGGACCACAUUGGUCGGCAGCCCUCGGCGACGGUGUCCUGGGGCCACAAAGUCGUGUCGAUCGGGCAAGACGAGCAGAAGGCCUGGGUCAUUUGCGAGACGCCAGAGGGCGAGAAGCGGCUCGAGGCCGAGUACGUCAUCGGAUGUGACGGCGCGAACAGUCAGGUGCGACGGUCCUUGUUCGGGGAUAAGGAGUUCCCUGGGAAGACGUGGGACGAACAGAUUGUUGCUACGAAUACAUACUACGACUUCUCAAAGUUUGGCUGGCUCGACUCAAAUUUCAUCAUCCAUCCCGAGCACUGGUACAUGGCUGCAAAGAUCGGCAACGAUGGCCUUUACCGUGUCACUUACGGGGAGAUGCCGGGCCUCACCAACGAUCAGCUACGAGAGAGACAGCCGUGGAAGUUCGAAACGAUGUUGCCGGGAAAUCCGAAGCCGGAUGAGUACCGCAUAGUCAACUUUAGUCCGUACCGAAUCCACCAGAGACUCGCACCGAGUAUGCGGGUUGGGCGAUUCUGUCUGGCCGCGGAUGCCGCUCAUUUGUGCAACCCCUUCGGUGGUAUGGGAUUAACAGGCGGCAUCGUCGACAUUGGUGGCCUGUAUGACUGUCUCGUCGGAAUUCACGAGGGCCUCGCCGACGACUCAAUCCUAGACAAAUACUCGGAGAUUCGUCGACGGAAAUACAACGAGGUCGUGAACCCCAUAUCGAGUGCCAAUAUUGUGCGCUUGUUCGGUCAAGACCCUGACAAAGCUCUGGAGAACGACGAGUUCCUGAAAAUGUGCAAGCGCACGGAAACCGACGAAGAGUUUGCAAAGGAGUUCCGGAACGGCGUAAAUGUGUUGAAGCAUGAUUUCACACAAUACUAUCGCAAGGAUUCAGCGAAUGGUGACGCGAAGGGCGCGAAUGGGCAUGUGGAGCUGGAUAAGGACUUGGCUGGAGCAGUACAAGUCACCGCUGCAGGGGUAACAGAUUGA